AUGACGCGGUGGCGGUCUGGCCCCGUCUUUCUGGAGCCAGCACUUGCAGGCUUCGAUUAUGCCAUGACCUUGGACACGGACUCCUACUUUCCGGGCCCUUUGGGCGAGGAUCCCUUUGAAGUGCUGCACGCGCAGGGCUUGGCGGCAAUGUUCCCCCACUUGGGCAGGGAGUCGGCCAGCGUGGUGGUGAACUUCAUGCACUACUUCCUGCUUUACUGCAGACUCCAGAAGCUGGAUCCUCGCCGCACGAGGAUGCUCGCGGCUUUGAUCGAGAAGAACUACAAGUGGUACCAGCAGUGUUUGAUGCUGGAUAUCGAGAUCCUUCGGUUGGAUUGGUUCCGUGGGCCGGUGUACCAGGACUUCUUCCGGUACAUGGACUCUGUAGGUGGCUUUUGGAUCCACCGCUGGGGCAACAAUCCGGUUCGGACCUUCGCCGUAACGCUCCUCCUGGAGGAUAAGGAUGUCCGCACGGCGUUCCUCCCCUAUGCCCAUCAGGAUUUUUGUUCCUGCGGGGCGGGUCGCGCCUGCCAGUGGAUUUCCGAGAAGGAGGAGUACACUUGCGACGAGAAGUCGGAGCCUGCGGCUAUUGCAAUGGAGGAGCUCGCAGAAGGAUUGCUUGACUUGCAGCCUGGAACGGAAGAUGGCCGACCUGUCAGUUCUGGCGUUUACGCUGGUGGUUGGAGCGAUCCACAGGGCGCUGUGGGCAGCGACUUCAAGAUUGAUGCUUCCUACAUCUCGCCGAAUGUCAGCAUUGCCAAUAGCAUCGAGCAUGCGACCAGGAAAUAUGGCGUCAGGAUAUUGAUCUCCCAAACAGUGGCCCAGUGCUGCACGAAGGAGAUGGCCAGUAAGAUGCGCUUGAUCGACAAGGUCACAAUCAAAGGCUCGCUUGUGCCUUUGGAGCUGUACUGCCUGGACUUGGACUUCAAGCGACUUCAGGUGGAGGAUCGGCCGGAGUUGCCGAUCACGUGGAACUCGCGCUAUCGCUUCAAGUCGAGGCACGCCAUGGAGAUGCGGAAGAACCAUCUCUGGGCUGACGAGUUCUCCAAGGCACAUAUCUUGAAGAAGGACCCUCAUUUCCAGGAAAUGCGCACUCCCUACACGGACCCAUUCCUGCAAAAGUUCAACAUGGGGUACCAGAACUAUGCUCAAGGCGAGUGGCAGGUUGCCAGAAAUCUCUUGAUUCAGACGCACACCAUGCUCCGUGACAAGGAUGGGCCGAGCGAAGCCCUCUUGCGCUUCAUGGAGAAGCCCCACCAGUUCAAGGCUCCAGAAGCUUGGCGAGGUGUCCAUGCGCUGGAAGAUCCUUGGUGA